AUGUCCAAAAAAAGGUUGAAGAACUCUAAAGCCACCGUUUCUUCCACUUCGUCUGUGACUUCGACCAUCCCUGCCACCAGCUCCAGUCAGCUAGUACCUCUCCGCAAGCAAAGAGGAUGGACGAAUGAUGACCAGUACGACAUGCUAUCCAAUAGGAUCCCUAGGUUUGAACUGUGUGCCACGAAUGGGACGUUGGCGGCGUUCAAGGCUGAGUUAGUAGGAGAGUGGCAGGAUUGGUGGCCGGAGAGGAAGGGGAAAUUCUUCUUGGAUCGUAAAGGGAGGGUGCGAAAGGUUUCUGGUCAUCUCAUCGGCAUCACGGACUCGCCAAAGGAUGAGUCUUUUCCGAAAAUGGUUGGUGAUAUCUUGACCCUGGGCCCAGACCAUUGUCUUGACAGUUGCGAUUUUGCGGAUCCCAAGGAUGAGGAGGAUGAUGGAAAUGGGGAGGAGUCACUGUGGGAGCCGGACCCGGAGGUAGAGGAGGUUCACAUCGCCUUGGGUGUGGCUCUUGAGGAACGUCGAACGAAACUCUUUAACUGGUAUGGUAACAACAAGCCCGGUCAUCAUAUCAGGAAGCUAGGAGGCCUCUCGACUUUUGCACUCUCUACCACUCGUGUUCCACAACCGAUUCACAAGUACUCCAACAUGUACUACACCGAGCGCAUCCUCCCUCGUGUUAUCACUGAGGCUGAGUCUCAUGGUGUUCCCUGCAACGAGCUCCUUCUUGUGAAGGAAAUGACGGCGCAUGCUUGGGCUAACGAGUCGGAGGAGAUUAAGAAGUUGGUUAUGAAUGCCAUCGAGAAGGACAAGGAGUUGAUUGCGGCGAUGAAGGACAGCACGUUAGACAUUAAUGUUUCAGAUGCUGACAAGAUAAUAAUCAUCGAAAGUCUUCAGUAUGAGCUCGCAUCUAUCUUUGAGCAUAUCAACAAGUUUAUUGGUUGGGGAUUCGUUGUGAUAGCUGGAGGUUACGACCCAUGGAGUGGCAGAGUUCGAACCACAGGACACAACUUUUGCUGUAAGGGCACUAAUGGUAAGGACUUCAUCAAAUCAUUCAAUGAAAAUGCUGCAGCUGGAUACACCCCUGGCACAAUUCUGGGUGACCGCCACAGCUUUUCCGAGUACUACAGCGUACCGUUCAUGCAUCACAUGAAAAAAUUAAAUCGUCUUGAAGGAGAAACUGUGGCUUCUGGCAAGACCACCAAAGAAACCCAGGUCAUUGUCCAGGCCCCUCUCAGCUUUGACCCUGUAGCCCUGUUCGAGGAACCACUUUCGUCCGUGCUACCAGAGCAGCUGUCUCUUCUCUCCGAAGCUGAGCAACCACUUCCAGAUCAGAGCUCCGCCCCCUUGCCAGUUCCUAAGCAGCCGGUUCCAGCAUCGCCUCCAGAUCAGAACUGUGCCCCUUUGCUGGUUCAGAUCAAUAAUGAUCUCUCCCAGUUACCACCAUGUCAAGAAUCAGCUUCUCUGUCGGCUAAUGCCCCACUAUUUUCCAAGGAACAGUCUCUCCCGCUGCCUCCAGUUCAAAACUCGAGCCCUCCCCCUUCAGGACUGCUUUCCCAGCCUUUCCCACAGAUUCCAACAUUGUCGAUGUCCAUCAGUAUACCAACUGCUUCAUUUGCACGUCAGGACAUCGCUGAUAGUCUUCUAUUGUCAGAUUGUCCUCUUGAUGAUGUAUUUGGCACACUGGACCAAUCUUCAACUCAGCCUAACUUAUUAUUAUCUAGAAUGUAUCCCUUCUCCAACAAUUUGCCUUCUUCGUCAGAUAGUCUCUCCUCCUCCCAGAUGUUUGACUUCUCGGAGCCAUUUGACGACUUGGCUUUUGAUGGGCUGGAUUGGUCGGCCAUGGAUUGGACCACACUGUUUGGUAGCGAAUUAGAUGCUAGCGGAGUCAUCUCCUCAAAUCCAGCAUCCCUGCCCAUGCUGCCUUCACCCUCUAUUGACAGAGUUAUCCCCACUUUGAACGCUGUGCCCUUGCCCAUGCUGCCUUCACCCUCGAUAGAUGAAGUUAUCCCCACUUUGAACGCUGUGCCCCCACCCUCAAGCUUUAGCGUCAACGUAUCCAGUUCGAUGGAUGAUCUCGUAACUAUGGCAACAGUCUCAGGAACAGCAGAUUUGUCCAACAUAUCCUUCUCUUCUGUUCCCAAGCAUGUAGUGACGAAAACGGUGGUUCCGUCGAAGAUGACUUCUACUACCUCCUCCAUUUCCAUGUCGACAUCAAUCCCAGACCCACUGCCAGAUGUUUCCAACCUAUCACGUCCAUCCAGACAACACAAGCGCCCAGGCCCCAAGGAGGUGAUGACUCUCUCUGUGACAGAGAAAGUGCAUGGUCCACCCAGGUGGAUUGCCGAGGCAAGGCUGCAGAUGGAAGAUGAAUCUCUUGGCCCAGCGUGGGCGGAUCUUCUUGAUAAGUGGAGGCAGCUUGAGUGCGACAUCUGGAGCUCAGAUGUCGAUCCUGUGGGAAAGCUAAUGGUAUUGAGGCGACGCCCGCAUCCCCUUACUCUGUGGCUCGACGGUGCACGCUAUUUUGAUCUUCCACCAGUUGUCAAAGACUACUCUCAAUUCGCGUCUGAGAUGAUCGAUUGGUGGAACCAACUUAAUCCUAGCUGGCGACGCUCGUUGACUGGCGGUCUACCAAGACCCGACUAUACUAGCAAAUCAUUGCUGGCACUGCGAAAGGGAGAACGCAAACAGGGACAGAAGCAUCCAAGUGACGAUGUCCAAGAGGGAAAUGCAAAGCAUGCAAAGCUUUUAUUUUACAUGAUAGAUUACUGGUAG